UAGCACAUCUUUUCAGAACAGUUGGUCAGAUUGGCCUAUCGGCCAAAAUAAUGCUAAAAAAAGCUAAAGAACAGGCUAAGAACUGAGUUUUCAUUUAUAUUUCACGUUUAUUUACGCCUCCGUGGGAUGUACACACGAACGAGCAGCCGUGCCGCGGAGUAGACACUGUGCCCCGCUAACGCGAAUCCCCGAGAAGCCCCGCCAUCGCAUCGCCCGCGAUUUGCGACUUGCGCCCUGCGAUUGAGCAGCUGCAGCGGAUCCCGCCGAUCCCUCAGAUCCCGCCAUGGGGCUCGACUUCGACGCCGUGGAGUACUGCAAGGGCGUGAAGAGCCAACAGGCCCAGCCCCCGUUCGCCUGUCCCGUGCGCGGCUGCGAUCGCAGCUACAAGACGAUCAUGGGCCUCCAGUACCAUUUGAUGAAGUACGACCACGACAAUCCCCAGCCCCUCACGCCUGUGCUGACGCCGAGCCGGAAAAAGGCGCGCUCCCGCUCCGGCGCACACCACUCGACGCCUCGCCCCCUCAAGGAGCAGCCUCAGGCCGGCAGCGGUGCGUCAGACGCCAAGAAUGGCUGCUCCUCGGCAGGCGGUGGCGCCGGAGGAGGAGGAACAGCAGGAGGAGGUGCCGGGCGGCUGUACGCCAAUCCCGAAUCGCUGGUUGCCUACAACGAGGAGGAGGCUACAGUGACGUUUAAUCUUGACGGAAAGAGCGUGCGCCUGGGCAUCGACGAUGCCCUGCCGGUCGUGGAGGACGAGGAGUUUGCCGCCCUGGUUACCAGGGGCUGCAUCCUGAACGCUGACGCCCCGCCACUAGAGGAGAACGCACCUUGGGCUCGAGUCCAGGUGCCUGUCGCGAGGGUGGCCGAGAUUCCGGACUACCGAGUGCCUGAUGCCCCGCCGCGGCCGCUGGCCUACUACCGCUUUAUCGAGAAGUCGCUGGAGGAGCUGGACGGCGAGGUGGAAUACGACGUGGACGAGGAGGACUCCGCCUGGCUGGAGCACAUGAACGAGGAGCGGCAGCGGCUAGGCCUCAACGCCGUUGGCAUUGACACCAUGGAGCUGCUGAUGGACAGGCUAGAGAAGGAGUCGCAUUUCCAGGCAGCGGCCAACGGCACACCGACUGGCGUCGAGGUGGACGACGACGCCGUCUGCUGCAUUUGCCUGGACGGCGAGUGCCAGAACACGAACGUGAUACUCUUCUGCGACAUGUGCAACCUGGCGGUGCAUCAGGACUGCUAUGGCGUGCCGUACAUCCCCGAGGGCCAGUGGCUGUGCCGGCGCUGCCUGCAGUCGCCCAGCAAGCCCGUGAACUGUGUGCUCUGUCCGAAUGCAGGCGGCGCCUUCAAGCAGACGGAUCACGGCCAGUGGGCGCACGUUGUGUGUGCCCUGUGGAUACCGGAAGUUCGGUUUGCCAACACCGUCUUCCUGGAGCCUAUAGAUUCCAUUGAGACCAUUCCCCCUGCCCGUUGGCGGCUCACCUGCUACGUGUGCAAGGAGAAGGGCCUGGGCGCGUGCAUUCAGUGCCACAGGCACAGCUGUUAUGCCGCUUUCCACGUCACCUGCGCCCAGCAGGCGGGCCUCUACAUGACCAUGGACACGAUUAAGGACGGCCAUAAUGAUUCCUCCAUGCACGUACAGAAGUUUGCCUACUGCCACUCCCACACGCCAGCGGACGCCAAGCUUAAGAUGAACGUCCCGGACUUUGAGGACACGCGCCACAAGAUGCGAGAAGCCCGCAAAGCUCUGGCCAAGAAGCGCUCGACGGCGCCGGUGGUGCUCAUUCCGACGAUUCCGCCCGACCGCGUCCAGGAGAUUGCCACCAUGGUGACGAUGCAGCGCAAGAAGGAGUUCCUUGACCGCAUUAUUGCGUACUGGACGCUCAAGCGGCACUACCGCAACGGCGUGCCGCUGCUGCGACGAUUGCAGAGCCAGGGCAAUAACCAUGGCGUGAUCCAGCGCAACGGCAUCGAGGGAUCACCGGACACGGGUGAACUUUACCGACAACUCAAGUACUGGCAGUGCCUGCGCCAAGAUCUGGAGCGGGCGCGCCUGCUGUGCGAGCUGGUGCGAAAGCGAGAGAAGCUAAAGGUGGCCUUUGUGCGCAUCUCCGAGGAGGUGGUAAUGCUGCAGCUUAAUCCGCUGGAGUCGGCGUUGGGCAAGUUGCUGGACUCGCUGGAGGCGCGUGAUACCAUGGAAAUAUUCCGCGAGCCGGUGGACACCAGUGAGGUGCCCGACUACACAGACAUUGUAAAGCAGCCCAUGGAUCUGGGCACGAUGCGGCUGAGGCUAAAGGAAUGCCAGUACACGUCACUGGAGCAGCUGGAGGCGGACUUUGAUCUGAUGAUACAGAACUGUCUGGCGUACAACAACAAGGACACGGUGUUUUAUCGCGCAGGCAUACGGAUGCGCGAUCAGGCGGCGCCACUUUUUGUCCAGCUGCGCAAGGAACUGCAGCGGGAUGGCCUUCUGGAGCGGACGCAGCGCUCGCACGUUGAUCACGUGGAGGCGGAAGUCGAGCAGGAGCUUCGCCAGCUUCUGUCGGCGCCGGCCAGCGAAGAUGUUGUCCAGAAAUUGCUGAUUCUCGCCGACAAGUCACAGGUGUUGAAGAAUCCCAGUUACCGCACCAAGAAGAUCAAGCAGAUCCGCUUGGAAAUCACACGGAUGCGCAAGAGUCUUCAAAAGGCGCGCUUUGCCGCACGUUACUCAUCCCACGCUAACCAAUCCCAAAGCGACGAGGAGGAUGCGGUGGGGGCUUCGCCCAUUAAGAAGCGCACGCGCAAGCGUUUGAACAGCAGCGCCAUUGAUAUGGACGUGGAGCACGAUGACGACGAUGAAGAAGACGACUCUGAUGACGACUCCAUGGCCGAGGCUGAUGGAGAGGAUACAGUGUCCAAGGAUUUGCUCAACUCUACGCAAACGCCGCCCUGCAGCCCUAUCAAGAGUCUCAACAACAGUAGCUCCCCAGUGGGGAUUAAUCGGAGAACGGCCAUAUUGCUAACCCGCAAGUCUCAGGCGGCGCUCAAGCGACCCUCUGAACCCUUGACGACGCCCGUGAAGGAGGAGCAUCAGAACUCGCAGUCCUCCAACACUCAGUCCACCAGCGGCAGCUCGUCCUCCGCCACCACGGCUGCCACAGCCGCCUCCAGUACGCCGGGCACCUUAAACCAUAUCCUGGCUGCAGCUCCGCCCUCUAACUCCGGGUUCGGGUUGACGCAGAACAGCACUAGCACUAGUGGCAGUGGAGCCCUCACGUCGGCAGCAGCACCAGUGGGUGGAUCGUCGUCGGCCGGAGCAGCAGCAGCGGCUAGCCUGGCCUCCACCGCCCUGUCGAUCAGCAGUAAGCUGGCCAUGAGUAUGGGCGGCAAGUCGCCCAAGAGGCCGGGUCGAUAUCGUCGCUUGCCAGAGCUAAGGCACAGUGCCUCCAUGUCGCCAAAGAAAUCGCCCAAUCCGGCGGUGGCACUGCCCUUGCCCGAUCCCCUGCCCUUCGAGCGCAUCCCCGACAGCUUUCGGGUGUAUCGAGCCAACAAUCAGCGGGAUGUUAGCGACAGUGAUGAUGCGCCCUCGCAGUCGAGCAGUCCGUGCAGCAGCUGCUCAGACUUUAGCAUGUCGGGCAGCUGCUCUGACUUUGACAGCGACGAGGCCAGCGACGGCGAUGCGGACGGAGACGGCGGAAGAAGCCGCAGUGAGGAGAGGGAGUCCACCUCGCAGGAUGGAACCACAGACGCUAUGGACAUGCAGCAUGCGAGUCUCAACCACACCCAGGGGAACAACAAUGGGAACAUGGCCAUCAGCAGCAGUAGCGGAGGAAGUGGCGGCAGCUCCAGUGACGACGACGACGAAGAUGAGGAGCGGCCACUUAGUGCGCGGCAGGGUAAGGCGCCGAGGCUAACCAAGCGCAGCACACCCACGCCAUCGGCAAUGGCACGAGGAGCAUCUCUGUCAGCGGCACGGGGUCGCGGCAAGCGGCGUAGCAAUCUCAGCGAGUCCACCAGCUCCACGGCCACUCCGCCGCCUCUGUUGCGGAGGGCCGGCAAGCUGCGCUCGGCCACUCCGAAUGCCUCGCCAUUGGUCAACAGCAUAAAGGCGAGGCGUAACACGAUGGCGGCUGUUACCACCACCACCACCACGACGACGAAUAAUAAUCGAAGCAGGCAUGGCGAGGAUAGCUUAUGCUCGGAUCGGCACAAUAACUCUCACGCCCAUGGCCAGAAACCAACGCUGGAGCCGCUGCAGCUGGUGUGGGCAAAGUGCCGAGGAUACCCCUGGUAUCCCGCUCUCAUUCUCGACCCCAAGACGCCCAAGGGAUUCGUUUACAAUGGCGUUCCCCUGCCCGCUCCGCCCACCGAUGUGCUUGCGCUGCGCAAGAACUGCAUGGACGACAUCGUGUUCCUGGUCCUGUUCUUUGACGUGAAGCGCACCUGGCAGUGGCUGCCUGCCAACAAGCUGGACAUCCUCGGGAUCGACAAGCAGCUGGACCAGCAGAAGUUGGUUGAGUCGCGGAAGCCGGCAGAGCGGAAGGCGGUGAAGAAGGCGUACCAGGAUGCGCUGCACUACCAGAGCCAGGUCUCGGACUUGGAGGGCCAAGGGCCCGAUCCCAUCAUGUGAAAGCUGAUGGCCCGACUGCACUUGUAGGCCACCUAGAGAUCCCUCGUAUUUUUAUAUCUCGUUUCUUGUUACUUGAUGCUCGAAGAUAGACGACGUGGACAAUGUUGAAAAAGGCCCUCCAUUAAUUAGAGUAUUUCGUUGGCGAAUUUCCAGUUUGCACUGCAAGUGUCUUUGAUUUUCGUUUGUUGGCCAAGUCACCAGGGAAACCAUUCAUUAUGUACAGUUUUUGUAAUACGCAAAGUUAUCGAAGCUAUUCUGUAUAUUAUUUGGUCGCUGUGGCCGCCCACAUGGAAUAUAUAACCUCAAGACGUUUCACGCGAAAUCAAAUCAAUGUUUAAGUUAAAUAGUUUUAAGCGAAAAAAAAGCUAAGCAAUUGUGCAUCCCAAGUUAAAGAUCGUGUAAAAACUUAAACCGCUAUAUAGAGCAUAGGAAUCGAUUACAAACUGUAUAGAUAUAGAUGUGUGUGAGUGCGAUAAGCCGAUAUAUCUCCAUAUGCUAUAGUGUACGUGUUCGUCUUGAUUUCCCAUGAACAAAUAACAUAUUAUAUAUAUUUGAUUAUUAUGAUGUAUUACGAAGAUGAGGACUACUAUUAUGACUAUUAUUAUAAUUACUGUGUGUAAUUAAUGAAACAAAAUCGUAUGCCUAAGUGGAAAGCGUAGACAAUUAAGUAUUGAAAGUAGUUAAGCCCAAAACCCUAACGCCCCGACCCCCAAGAAUCCUCCACCACACACUUACCCCAGACACCACCACCUUUGCCCUUAACAUGAUUGAAUAUUGUUUAAACUUAAUGGUAAAUUAAAUGCAGAAAAAUAAAUGUUUUAAACAAAAAA